UUAAACCCUUUGGUUUACUACCAUUCCCCCGCAAGCUUUGGUGUCUUGUGUGGUUAAGGAGAGUUUUGUCAGGAGAGAAAGAGAUUACAUGUGCUUGUUGCACAGGACUCCAACGGUAGGUCCUUGCUCACUUGUGUGCAGGGGAUUUCAAGGACUUAACUGGGAGUAACAAGUGCCUACAGUAGAUAUUGUCAGUGUUAUUCGUCUUCUUAUGGACUACAGAGAGACACCAUGUAGUAGUAGGAAUCUGUGGUAGGAAUCUGAAAGAAGAUGUGACUUUGUUCUGCUUUAACGUAAACUAUACAUUGAGCCUCACUGAAGUGAUCCUUGAAGGAUACGGCCCUCACGCUUCACAUAAAUCUCCUCCAUUGCACGUGAACCAGAACAAGAGCUCUGUACAACAACUGGUCUGCUUGUCUUACUUGGUAGCAUUUUGCUUUUUUCUGACAAAGAAGAGAGAAAGUGUCUCAAAAGGCUCGUAUGCAUUUGUCAAUGGAUACCCUGGGAAUAGUGGACGAUAGUUGUCUUGACAACUAUGACAUGGCAAAAGGUGCUGGGUCAAGCGGUGGAGGCAGGGUCCACAGUAUUGAUGUCAUACUGGGAUUCACUAAAGACCAGGACCCUUUACUCCAUUCGAUAGGCGAGGAUGACAGGCAGCAAGUCAACGGAGAAAACCCACAACACCCUGAGAAGCAGGUCCCGUCACACCCCUAUGGACACCUUCCAGAACUGGGUGAUAGUUCCCAACAUUCUUCCUACCAUGAAUCGGACCUUUUCUCUGGUGACAAGUGUGAUGAAGAAAUGAGCAACCUGCAGAAGGAAAUGGAUGUUGCUGAGGGGUCUCCAGAGGCCAUUACAGAGGAAGACCACACUAAAAAGAAACACAGAAGAAAUCGUACCACAUUCACCACCUAUCAGCUUCAUGAGCUGGAACGAGCCUUCGAGAAGUCCCACUACCCAGACGUCUAUAGCCGUGAAGAGUUGGCAAUGAAGGUUAACUUGCCUGAGGUUCGAGUUCAGGUGUGGUUCCAGAACCGAAGGGCCAAAUGGAGACGACAAGAAAAGAUGGACACUAGCACCAUGAAGCUCCAUGAUUCCCCCAUGCUAUCCUUCAAUCGUCCUCCGAUGCCACCUAGCGUGGGGCCAGUGGGAAACCCGAUGCCACUAGAUCCCUGGCUGACCUCGCCCAUCUCCAGUGCCACAGCCAUGCAUACCAUCCCAGGGUUUAUGGGUUCACCACAGGGUCUGCAGCCUGCCUAUCCAAGCCACAGCUUCCUCAACACCCCACCUGGCAUGAUCCAAGGUAUGCAGCCAAUGGGCCCUCCUCCCUACCAGUGCCCACUAAGCUUCAACGAUAAAUACCCGAUGGAGGAAGACAGAAGUUCAAGCAUCGCAGCACUUAGGAUGAAGGCCAAAGAGCACAUUCAGUCAAUGGAUAAAACCUGGCAGCACAUGUGAUGUGGCACUGUAGAAGGACUUUUGAGCUGCUCCCGUGAAUGUUUACAAACUGCUUUUCCACUGUUUGUUUCAUGUACCCAUGGCGAGGAUACAUGACACCAAAGGAGUCAGAAAUUUUUUUCACUGACGCUAUUAUGCAACUCUGAAAAUAAACUUCUUAAAAAAAAAAGACUUUAAAAAUCUUAAAAUUAGCAAAUCUCUGGGGGUCAUUUAUUUUGGUUUAGCUCAAAAGGUUUGUUAAUAGACUGUUGUUUAGAGAAAAUCCUCAACAUAAAUUUAAAUUUCUGAUAAAUUGUGCAGACCGUGCUGACAAACUGUAAUACAUGAGAGGCUAAGCAGAGCCAUGUGGUCAGUAGUAGCAACAUUUGUGGUCCCUAAUUUAGGGGUUUCCUUUUUUGUGGAAAUAAAAUAUAAAAAAAAAAAAAAUGAAAUAUUGACCCUAACUCUCUCUACACGUACCUGGGUGUAGGUUUUUCCUGCUACCCUAAAGUCAUAAUAUCUUUAUGAGGUUUAACAAACACUGUGCUGUGCUUUGGGCAUUUGCUGGUAUCUAGAUCUUUAAAACUAGACAUUUUUUGUAUACAUUCUACAAAUGUGUUUAAGGAGGUUUUUCUCCUUGUGUGUUUGUUUGGUUGGGUUUUCUCUUGGUAUUUGUACAUACUGUCAAGCAUUUUCUAGUAUAUUUUCAGGUCCUUUGUAAGUGGGCACAAAUGUGUAUUUUAAAGCCACUUCUCCCACUUAAAUCUAAGUUUGAUUAGGUUUAAAAGUGAUGUGUGUGUCUUAUUUUAAUCAUUAAACAGGCCUUUUGGAGAGCAUUGAGCCCUGAUGGGAGAGGUUAUCGGAAGUCACAGAGCGUAAUCUGGCUCAGAGGCUAAUUUAAACAGACAAGCAUACCUCUUAACACCUAAUUACUGCUUUUAAAGCGAUUAACCCCGGAUUCUCAGCCAUAGACAGAAUACGCUCAGAUGCCCCUGAAAUACCUUUUCAAGACCUGAUUAACUUUACCACUCCCCUCAAACUUGACCAUUUAUAUUAUUUCCAAUUUACAGAUAAGGCACAACAUAUCAAUGUUUUUUUUAUUUUUCAUUACGCCCUGUCUUAAUAUUAACCUUAUUGGUAAAUAUUGCUCUUCAUUGCAUUUUUGACAAAGCAUUCACUAAAGACAGGUGUGUCAAGAGUGGGAAAGUGAAUGGGUGCUGGCAGCCUCUUACUCUUGGAAGAAGCAGUUUUAUGUAACUGUUGGACAAUAACUAGAAAGGAAAUUACGUUACACUGACCACUGCCAUGAUAAAAUUGCUUGUGUGUUUUAUACUGUAUGCUAUUUGGUGUGUGUGUGCGUGCAUUAAAAUGAUGCAAAAGGGCACUGGGCUAGCAGAGUACAUUUUCCUAUAAUAAUUUUCUCUCUGGCUCUUGAAAGACAUUACCUACCUAAAGUGAUACUGUGGCAUUGCUUUGAGGGAAAUGGACACCAUGAUGAAGUGUAAGGAAGAGUUAUCAUUUACAUCACUAAAACAUCUGUAUAUCAUGGCCUUUAGAAAUGACAGCAUACACACUGUCAGUUUUAUAGGUUGAUGUUUAUAUUGCAAUCCCUGUUAACAGUGGACUAAAAGCCAAAGAAAUAAAAAAGAAUGUCUUAUUACUAGAAGACACAUUUAUACAUGUGUUAGGGAGGUUUAUUAGUUUUUCAUCAGUUUUUAAAAUUAUUACAACUAAUUUCUAGUCCUUUCAAUUUUUUAGAAUGUGACUUUCAUUUUCCAUGUGCAAAACACAGAAUAAAGUUACAGUAGCACCACUGUAGAAGCACUUUGA